AAACCCCAACAGGGCAAAGAACAAAAAAUCGUACUCCACACUUGGUAUCUAAAGGCAUGAAAUGAUUCAUGCAGUGAUCUUUUCAUGGUUUCUACAGAACUGGUGCCACUAUUGUAAAGGGCUCUGUGAACCAAUCUAACGUACAGAUAGAUAAAAUAGGGGGAAGAUAGUCUGUGAGUUAUACAAUAUUGGCCUCGUUGAUUCCCAGGCCCAAUUACAGGCUGUUGAAUUGGGCCCUGGAACCAACUGGAGGCCAGUGAAGCUUUUUCAGGAUUGGCAUGAUAAGUUUGCUGUGGUUCAUCCUAAUGUUCUGUGGUGUCAUUCUGAACCAGUUAGAGUUCUUGGGAAUCUCCAAAGUCAAUCCAGUGUAAAGCACUUGAUAAUAGUCUGACCUGGAGGUGAUGUAAGAUGUGAAUUAUCACAGGCAGUUUCCUACUCCUCUUAAGCUAUUGGUACAUCUCUUGUAUAUAUGACCUCUUAGUAAAAUGCCAGUAUUGUAAAUUGCUGUAGUUGGUUUUUCAGGGUAAACCAGCAUGCCACAUGAAGAUCUGUUGGCUCUUCAGUCCUAUUGAGAUGAGAAGUAGAUAAAGAUAAUCUCCAGGUGUAGGAUAAGCGAUUCUCCUACAAGAUGAGCAACAGUCACCCACUCCGUCCUUACACAGCAGUAGGUGAAAUUGACCAUGUUCAUAUUCUGUCUGAUCAUGUUGGUGUUCUGAUGAAUGCAGAGGAAUACAGUGAUGUCACGUUUAUAGUAGAAAAGAAACGUUUUCCUGCACACAGAGUGAUUCUGGCAGCAAGGUGCCAGUAUUUCAGAGCAUUGUUAUAUGGUGGAAUGCGUGAAUCUCAACCAGAAGCAGAGAUCCCUCUCCAGGACACGACUGCAGAGGCCUUUACAAUGUUGUUAAAAUAUAUUUACACAGGUCGUGCAACAUUAAGAGAUGAGAAGGAGGAGGUCUUACUAGACUUCUUGAGUUUGGCACAUAAAUAUGGAUUUCCAGAACUGGAGGAUUCCACCUCUGAGUAUCUUUGCACGAUCCUAAACAUUCAGAAUGUUUGCAUGACCUAUGAUGUUGCUAGUCUCUAUCAGCUUCCCAAGUUGACAUGUAUGUGCUAUAUGUUUAUGGAUAGGAAUGCUCAAGAGGUGCUUUCCAGUGAAGGCUUUCUGUCACUUUCUAAGCCAGCUCUUCUCAGCAUUGUACUGAGGGAUUCAUUUGCAGCUCCUGAAAAGGAUAUUUUCCAAGCCUUGAUGAACUGGUGUAAACACAACCCUAAGGAAAACCACACUCAAAUUAUGCAGGCAGUGCGCUUGCCAUUGAUGAGCUUGACAGAACUGUUAAAUGUUGUACGGCCUUCUGGAUUGCUAUCUCCUGAUGCCAUUUUAGAUGCUAUUAAAAUUCGAUCGGAAAGUCGUGACAUGGACCUUAACUAUAGGGGCAUGUUAAUACCGGGUGAAAACAUUGCAACUAUGAAAUAUGGAGCCCAAGUAGUUAAAGGGGAAUUGAAAUCUGCUUUGCUAGAUGGAGAUACACAGAACUAUGAUUUGGAUCAUGGAUUUUCCCGACAUCCCAUUGAUGAUGAUUGCCGUUCUGGUAUUGAAAUUAAAUUGGGUCAGCCAUCUAUAAUCAAUCAUGUACGAAUACUGCUAUGGGAUCGUGAUAGCAGGUCUUACUCCUAUUAUAUAGAGGUAUCCAUGGAUGAGCUUGACUGGAUUCGUGUAAUUGAUCACUCCAAAUAUCUCUGUCGAUCUUGGCAGAAACUAUAUUUUCCUGCUCGCGUCUGCAGGUAUAUCAGAAUAGUUGGAACACACAACACAGUUAACAAGGUUUUCCAUAUUGUCGCUUUUGAAUGCAUGUUCACCAACAAAUCUUUUACCCUUGAGAAAGGCCUGAUAGUGCCUACAGAGAAUGUUGCAACAGUUGCAGACUGUGCCAGUGUGAUUGAGGGUGUAAGCCGCAGUCGCAAUGCCUUGUUGAAUGGAGACACAAAGAAUUAUGACUGGGAUUCUGGGUAUACGUGCCAUCAGCUAGGCAGUGGUGCUAUCGUAGUUCAGCUGGCACAGCCGUACAUGAUUGGAUCGAUUCGAUUACUUCUCUGGGAUUGUGAUGACAGAAGUUACAGCUAUUACAUUGAGGUUUCUACAAACCAGCAGCAGUGGACUACGGUGGCUGACAGAACAAAGGUUUCCUGCAAAUCUUGGCAAGUAAUAACUUUUGACAGACAAGCAGCAUCUUUCAUCAGAAUUGUUGGAACUCACAACACAGCGAAUGAGGUGUUUCACUGUGUGCAUUUUGAGUGUCCUGCCCAAAUAACUGUCCAUAAAGAAGAGGCUGGUGAGGAAGAUGUUGGCACCGGUGGACAGCAGCUGACAUUCUGCCCACCUCGAAGUUCAACCACCAGCUCUGCACAUUCUCUCCCCGGAUCCGUUUCACAUCCAUAAGCUUACCAACCAUACAAGAGAAUGGAGAAUGUCAGUUGCAACCCCAGAGCCAUGAUAAUUUUUUUUGCUAAUUUUGUGUGUAGGCACUUCUUCAUUCUUUGAAUGGACAGAGGGACCAUACCUGGAGAUGUUCAGAUGGAAAGGCUACUCCAAGACACAGUGGGAAUCCUUUCCAUUUUGUUAAAAUCAGGAUGUGCCACAGGGGGAUAAAAUAGGCUUUUGGUUUUCAUCAAGUCUUCUAUUUACUCCUUACCUCAUUAAACAAACCAAACCAGGUUGAGCUGAAGGAAAUAAAAAUGCCAAUCUAAAUUGUAAUAUAAAAAUGCCAUGUGACAGUAUGGAAAAGACAUAAUUACAUUUGCCUGUAAAAGGCACUUGCUAGGAAAUAGGUAUUCCCCAUGAACAUUUAUAGAAAAUAGACUAUGAAAACCAGUAUUUAAUUUAAUUUAUUAUUAAUUCAUAUUUCUUUAAGUUGUAAGCCAUUUUCAAACUCUUUGUGUAUAUAUUUAUAUAUCUAUAUUCCUUUGCUUCCCUUUUUCCUUUUUUCCUUUUUGUUGAAUUUAUCAUGCUACAUCCAACAGAUUGACUUGAUGGAGGCAUGAUGUGAUGCCCACAGUCUUUUACUCUGUUUGAUAAGUAAAACUCCUUUAGGACAUUAUGCAGAAAACAGUUUAAUCCAAGGAUGCCUGCCCGAAAUUGACUGAUGCAAUUAACACGAUUUUAACUUUUUAUGUCUGUGUAAAACUGACUGGCAGGUUUCUAAGCAGAAAAACAAAUAUUGCCCUUUUAGUAAAUAUAAAAGCUUUAUUUUUUCCUAAUGCUUAAUCAGUUCUCUAUUUGUGUUGAUAAACUGUUUAGCUGACCAACAUUUCAGCUAAAUUUGAUAUUGACCAGAUAUGGGAUUGCAAUGCUGACAAUUUGUUUAUUUGUUUAGGAUAAUACUAUUUCACUAAGGAUUUAGAGAAAAUACUUCUUAAAAGAUUUUUGCAUCACUUCCAUUAAAACAGAUAUGAUUUGUAUAGUUAGAUUGGAUUUAUCUUUUAAAUAAUUUACAUCCUAGCAGUAGCUAUCCUUUGUAAUUUAGUCUGAUUAUCUGACUACUUAUUCUGAUUGUGUUCACAUGCAGAAUUCUGAACAUUUACUUGUUUCAUAUCCUGCUGCAUUUGCCAUUGUAAAGGGAGCUCUGUUAUUCCCAAAUAUUAAUGCCAACCAUCCAUCUGAAAAGAGGAAAAAGAGGUGUAUGUGUCAUAGUAUGUGAUCUUAAAGAAUAUUAUUACUGUCAACCUUUUUUAAUUGGUGUAAAACAGUUUGGUGGAAAUCAUUAUUUUAUCUAUGGUGUUGUAUAAAUAAUAUUAUCACACUG